AUGGAUACUGUUGGAAUAUUGGUAUGCUACAAUGGAAGUUGGGUUAAGAAGGAUAACAUUGAUAGUUACGAAGGUGGGGAGGCUAAAGGCAUAAUAGUGUCACGGAACGUAACGUUUUCCGACCUUGUUCAGCGCAUUUAUAAGAUCAUGGAUGCAGAUCCCACGAAAUAUAUUGUCACACUGAAGUAUUCAGUUCCUGUAUCCUCUUACAACACAGAUGUUAUGGCCUCUAAAGUAACCCCUUUAGUAGCAAGCUUGAAAAAUAUUGAAGGUCAUGGUAUUGAAGGGUGCAAUGGCAUUGUAAGCGUUGAGAGUAGCAAUGCUCCUGCUGACUUUGUUGUGGAACAAAGAAAUGUGGUAAUUCGGGACAAUGAAACUGAAAAUGGUGGGAAUGAUUUUAAUUGGAGUGAUUGGGUUGAAGAAGUGAAUUUUGAAAGUGGUGAAAACAUAGUUGCUGAUUUCAAUGAACCUAGCAACGAAGAGGAACCGCAAUCUGCUCCGAUUUUGCAUCCUCAUGAGGACAGCAAUGUCGAACCGUCCACUGUGCAGUGUAGACAGGUGCAAUCCGAACCUCCCCGACAAUCAAGUUCGACUGAAAUGCAUACAAGUCGGGGUGAUUUGAAGCAUGGUCAAAGUUUGGAAUAUAUUCAGUAUGGUGGAGGCGUUUCGUGCAUAAAUUGGGAAGCAAAUUUGAAGGUUGGCCGAGUUUAUCCAAAUAAGAUUGCCCUUUUAAAAACCAUCAGUUUAGCAGCAAUUACAAGCCACUUUCGAUUGAGAACUGUCCAAUCUGGGAAGCAUCGGUUGUGUGUUCGCUGUUGGCAGCUUCCUUGCCCUUGGAAAGUUCGGGCAUAUAAAGUUGGAUUACAUGAGUUUAAGGUUGUUAAAUACGAUCCACUUCAUGAAUGUGAUCUAAGGUAUGUCAGUAGUCAUCAUCCUCAAGCUACGACUGAAUGCUGUCUGACUGUGUUAAGUGGAGAUUUCAGGAUUCGCGCAGCAUUUAUACAACAGCUGAUAUCAAGAAAGAUGUGA